ACCAAAUAAGGUAUUUCGUUCAUAGAGUGUAGUAAAUUUGAGUUAUUAUAAUGAUAUUACAAAUACGAAAUCGCUGUAUUUAAACAAAUAGUUACAGUUAUUAUGAAUACAAUUUAGUUAGUAUAUUAUUACAGUAAGUGAUAAUAGCGAUUAUAAAGAACAUAACAAAUCUAUAUAAUUGUGGUGACAAUAAACGUUUACCAUGGAAAUUGAUGAUGAAGACGUAGUUAUCACUGACACAGAUUUGCAUAAGUAUUUACAAAUGAAAGGAUAUACAGAGUUUGAAGUUACGGGUAGAAAAAUUCCUGGCGGACAAAAUAAAAAAAAGGAUUUUAUAUCCAAGAAGUCUUUUAAAAAGAAAAAUAUGUUUGACCAAAAAUGUAAAAAGGAUUUCGGUUUGUGUAGUAUUUUAAUCAAAACAAUCUUGGAAAGUCAUUUAGUAUUUAAAGAAGAUGCUUUAUUUAUCAAAAAAUUUGUUCCACCAGACUUUAUGAAGUAUCCAUUUUUUUUUACAAAAAGAAAUUGCAUUACUCUUCUUUUGUUAUGCAUUUCCUGUGGUCUUUUGAAGGUUUACUUACCUAAUUCCUUUGAUGAGUGGACAACCUUAGAAAUGUUUUGUUUAUGGUUUGGUCAUAUUCUAUUAGAGAUAUUUUUUGACUGGUUCAAAAAGAAGAAAAUGAAAAACACUUUAUCUAAUACUAUUAAAUCCAUGGAAAAAUCAUCGCUACUUAUUCAAAAAAUAGUUAAUUUCUUACAGGAUUGCAAUAAUCUUCAUAGUGUUUAUAGCAAUUCUGGUUCAAGUUCAAACAUAAAUACUGAUACUUUUGUGUAUCUACUGAUGCCGGAGAUGAAAAAUUCACUAUUAACUCUAGUUCAGGACUUGAUUGAUAGGCUUGUACAAAGUAUUUCUGAAGUGCAUAGAAAGUUUCCAUUAAAACAAUCGGUUUCCAAAGUUAUAUAUUUAUACCUCAAUGACUGCAAAAUAGAUCUUGAGAACUUGUCAUUGGAAAACAUUAAUAAAGGCAGCAUUUUGCACAUUCUGAAUGAGGUUUCUAGCACUGCCAGACCCGUCGAAUGCCCUCUACACGUCUGGUUAUUACUGAAUACUGUUGACCAAUGGUCGCCAUUACCAUCCACGGUGUUACAUGUGCAAAGAGAAUUAGGCAAAGUGCAGUGUGGAGAUGCGCAAGAUGGACUGGAUUUUGUUAUGCCACACAACCGUUCUUUUAAAGCAAAGUACACUUACUUUUUAUUGCAAUCUGAGUUCUUAAAACUGUCAGCUUUAUGCCUAUGUCCAGCAUUAUGGACUUCCAAUAGUUCUGGCCAAAUGAACUUUUUGAUUGCCACCAUUAGAGAAUUGCAAAAAGUAUAUUACGAAUCGUUUAUUAUUCUGUCGGAAGAAUAUAAUGUAUAUUCUAUGUUUAAAAGUAACAAAGUAGAUCAAGGAAAAUUCAAACAAAAUGUCGAUGAUGUUCAUUCAGACUUGAAAUCAAAAGUAAUUAGUGUACGGCAGUAUUUACAAAAUAUGGUAGUGCAUGUACGAUUUAUUGAGGAUUCAGUUGAAAGUAAACCAAAGAGUAGUAUCGUAGAUCUGAAUGACACUAUUAAUGUACUAGUUAAAGAAGUAAACGCAUUUAAUGAACUGGUAUCAAACUUACAAGUUUAUAUUCUUAAAACGAAUAGUAAAAAUGAAUAUAUGGAAAACAAGUUGCCCAGUGAGCCAAUUAAAGAGAAUCUAGAAAAUGAAACAGAAGCCAGUGAAGCACCACCUGCUCCUCAAGAAGAUGAGUUAUUUUUUGGAGUCUCUGGAGAGUUACAGAAAGAUAUAGACAAUAAAUGUUACCAUGACGAUAUUUUUGAUAAGAUCAAUAAUGAAAGUUUAAUUUCUGAACUUAAAGUGGCACUUAAAGAAAAGCAAGAUGAAUGGAAAGACAGAGAGUCUAAAUUAUUAAAAAAACAUCCUCAGUUGAAUAACACUUCUAGUGACGAUAAGACUUCUGAUGAAUCAGAACAUUUAGAAGAAGUACAUAAAGUACGUAAAGUUGCCAGAGACUUUCCACCCGAAGAAGGUUUUCCAAUGGCGUUGCCUGAUAAAAACUUUGCAAAUGAAAUUGCGGGUGUUGCAUGUAGAUGGAAUAAUACAGUAAUUGAAAGUUUUGGAGACAAUUCAGGGUCUGAUACAUCAGGCAGUUCCACAGAUAUGUAAAUUAUCUUCAGUUUAUUAUUGUUUGUAUAAUGGUUAGAUUUUAAAACAGAAUCUAUAACUGUGUUGUAUAUUUUAGUUAUACAUGUUUAUUUAGUAUAUGUAUAUGAGAGAAGUGAUGUGUAAAAAAUAUUUGAAAUCAUUGAUAUAUUUUAUAAAAAAAAAUUAUUGACUGACCAAAUUCGAGUACUAAUACUAGUCCAUUUAAAGCUAGGAAUAAUAAAUUUUAAAAAUUUGUUUAUUUUCAGUAUAAUUUGUGUUCAUGAAAAUUCAGCUCUUUGCAACAAUUAUGCUGUAUAUAAUGCUAUAUUAAUACAAUCAUAUUUAAGGCGCAAUCUAGAAAUAAAAAUAAUCGUCCUGCGUUAGAAAAUGCUUACUACUACUAUUAAAAAAUGAUUUUAAUUAUAAAACACAUACAAUUUUUACGAUAAAUAAUUUGCUAUAGGAUGUUAUAAGUUAUUUGUAGCAUAGAUUAAAUACACAUCUAUAGACAGACUGCUACUUAGAGAAAAUCGUUUCACGGACUUUGGAAAUGUUGGUCCACACACAAAAAAAACACAUGGUAAUAACAUAACAUUUUUGGCCUCGCAUUGAAGUUUAAACAAUUGCACUUAUCGAUGUUUCACGGCAAAAGAUUUUAAGAGACAAUUUUUUAAUUAUCAAGAGCUAAAAGCCUUUUUUUGGUGAUUUUAUUAAAUUUUUUUUCAAAUAGCAAUUACCUGAGUACGUUACCUAAUAUUGUACAUAUUAAAAAUCAUUAACGCCUAAAUAUUUUCAUUUAAACCCUAUCUUUUAAACAGAAAAAAUAUUAAACGUUUUUUUUUACUGCAAACUUAAAAUUAAAAUUGUUAAAAAAUUGUCACAGCUGUUUUUGAUACACUUUUAUCCAUCCAAUAGUAUAUGUCAUGUCGCCUUGACCCUUUUGCUGUGUUAUAUUUAUUAUGAUUUAUGCCCGUCUUCAAAAUAUAUAUAU